GAUCCCACCAGCCGAUCAGCGCAUGCGCCGGUUUUCCGGAGUUGCCCCGCCGCCAUCUUAGUUGUAGUCAAUCGGUCAACCAGACUACAGCGACUACGCAGUGGCCGCCGCUUUUUCAGUACUGCGCCGGAGCUUCGCGGACGUCUCUCCGAUUUCACCAGCAAGAAAAAGUCGUCAUUUACCAGAGAGCUGCAGGUUCGUGUGGUUGGAGGACGGCAUCGCCUAGAAAACUGCAUUCUUGCGCUGGUUCAUUGGCCUGGCUUCUGCGUGGACAACGGGCACCGACUGUCUGACACUGCCCGGGGUUCUUUUAUAGACUCCGUGUAAUGCUGUGCCAUGGCAUCUGUAUUACACAACCACAACAGUCAAGGGUGGACCUGCAAAACAAGCUCCCUGAACCCAUACUUUGGAAAGGAGCACAUUGUCAGGUACACUGAAAGUAAAGGCGCUAGAAAACAUCGAGAUGCUGGCCUGCGGCUUUUCACAUCAGGCCACCUGCAAAAGUUGGUGUUUUCAACUGAAGACACCGCAGAGACCGUGGUGAAGGCACAAGUUCUGGCAUCCAUGGCAACACGGACAGUGUACAGUGUUGGGGUGAAGUUGCUUAAGUGUGAUGGGGAGCUUGUCAGUGGCAGCUGCUCAUGUGUUGCUGGGAAAGGUGGUGUCUGCAAACAUGUUUGCUGCGUUUUGUACGGGCUGAUGCACAUUGCGCAACAUGAUCUCACUGAAGUACCAAAUGCCAUUGCAUGCACUGAAGGUGAACGGCAGUGGUACAACCCGCGGGAUCCAAAAAAAGUGACUGAGCAAUUUCAACAGAUUGUAUUCUCCAAGGACACCACUGAAAAAAUCAGUGAUGCACCAAGGCUUCACAAAAAACGAGCAGCCUACUCAUGCUUGAGAACACAAGACUCGAAUCUGUCAACACUGAGCCUCAUAAACUUGCAUGGAAACUUCAAAGAAUGUGGGCUCGAUUGCUUCGCAGACGUACUUGAAGCAAAUGACUUUCUUCCCGAAAAACAAAGAAAAGUUGAGAGCCCCGCUACCGAAGAUGUGGCUGGGCUACCUUUAAGGUGGCUGGAGCGAGCCAAACAGGGGAAUGCUUUGCUGUCAUACACAGACGAAGAAGUUACAGCCGUAGAGGCAGCCACACGACUGCAAAGUGCUUGCCUCCUUUGGCAUAUGUAUAGGGAGGGUCUGAUCACUGCAUCUGUAGCGCAUAGAGUUUACACAUGGGUCAGGACGUGCCAAACCAAAAUGGGGCCGCAUGAUCCCCGACGUCUCAUCGCAGCAGUGGUUGGGAAAAAGAAAGGCAGGGCAACAUUUGCCAUGAAGAGAGGCCUGCUGUGUGAGCCUGAAGCCAGGAAAGCCUUUCAGGACAAAAAUGACAGCCACGUGGAGCUUGAGGUGACUGAAACUGGCCUCUUCCUCUCUCGUCAUCACGCUUUUCUAGGUGCAAGCCCAGAUGGGCUCGUGAAGUGUAAAUGUUGCGCACCACGGCUGCUUGAGAUCAAAGUGCCCCUAAAAAUUCAAGAUUUUGCCAAAAGGCAGUUGCGUGCUGGGGAACUAAAAAAAAGUAGUGGCUAUUAUACUCAGGUGCAAGUGCAGAUGGGUGUGACUGGUCUGAACACCUGCGUGCUGUUUGUUUACAGCAAGGAAGAGUGCCGACAAAUCUCCGUGCCAUUUGACCAGAGUUUCUUCACGGAAUUCAUAGAACGUUGCAAAUUUUUUACUUCCAGCUACUUGCUUCCCUACAUUUCCAGUAACUGGUAAAGUAAAGCUAGAAAAUGUUUUCAAG